GAGUAGCCACUCAAUAAAGAGUGUGGCGUUUUUUCCUCUGGUUGAACAAAUCUAAAGAACACAAGGGGAGGGUCAUUAAUAACUAAUUACCGUGGGUCAGACCUGACGCAUAUAAAGCCCACCGGGACCGUGGAAAGGAGAACAUUCUCUCGACACUUAGCAAAGAAGAGAGUGUUGAUAUUGCACUUGGCACAGACAUUUUGUCUAAUUUUAACAGCAAGGGAAUAUUUGCGUAGGGAUAAGAGUUUUGGAUCACCAUGGGUUCAGUGUUGCCUGCAGAUGCUUUGGUUCUGAAGGCUGGAUUUAAGCAGCAGAGUUUGGCCCUGUCCGACAUCAUCACCUCAGACAUCCUUCACAGUUUCCUGUACGGCCGCUGGAGGAACGUACUGGGCGAACACCUGUUCGAGGAGAAGACAACCACCGUCAGCCCCAAAACCGCCUUCACCGCAGAGGUCCUGGCGCAGUCCUUUUCUGGAGAGGUCCAAAAACUCUCCAGCUUGGUGCUGCCAAGUGAAGUAAUCAUCGCGCAGAGCUCCAUUCCAGGGGAAGGUCUUGGCAUCUUUUCCAAAACCUGGAUUAAAGCUGGCACCGAGAUGGGUCCGUUCACUGGCAGGGUCAUUUCACCCGAACAUGUGGAUCUCUUCAAGAACAACAAUCUCAUGUGGGAGGUUUUCAAUGAAGAUGGCACGGUGCGCUAUUUCAUCGAUGCCAGUCAAGAGGAUCAUCGGAGUUGGAUGACUUACAUCAAAUGCGCGCGCAACGAGCAAGAACAAAAUCUUGAGGUCGUGCAGAUUGGAAGCAGCAUAUUUUACAAAGCAGUAGAGACAAUACCUCCAGAUCAAGAACUGCUCGUGUGGUAUGGAAACUCCCACAAUACCUUCCUUGGCAUCCCGGGUGUCCCCGGCAUAGAGGAUGAGCAGCAAAAGAAAGCUAAAACUGAUGAAUUCCACCUGUGCGAGAGCAUCUCCGCCGGCAGCCUCUCCAACGCCAGCCGCAUGCGCUGCGUCAUUUGCCACCGCGGGUUCAACUCCCGCAGUAACCUGCGCUCCCACAUGCGCAUCCACACGCUGGACAAACCCUUCGUCUGCCGUUUCUGUAAUCGACGUUUCAGUCAGUCUUCCACCCUGCGCAACCACGUGCGCCUCCACACGGGCGAGCGGCCCUACAAGUGCCACGUCUGCCAGAGCGCGUACUCACAGCUGGCAGGCCUACGGGCGCACCAGAAGAGUGCAAGGCACCGGCCACCCAGCACAGGGGCCGUCGUGGGGUUGCAGGCCCACUCACCCCCACCUCCCCCUCCUCAGCUGGCACAGGUUCCUCACCCGGCCUCCCUGGUGCAUCACAUACCCACCAUGGUGCUUUGAGAGCGCAUGACAGACUGAUUCCUCUCAGAUGUUUGCAGUCUUACACAGGCUGUUGGCUCAUGUAAGCCGGUCCUGUUGAGUACUCUCACUGCUUUGUGGUUUGCCUCCCGGUCCUCCUGUAAAGAAAAAGCAGUGAUCAAACAAGGCGACAGGGCCUGCACAACUCGGCAGAACUCAAAUUGGCCAUUGAUGGGCCGUUUUUGUACGUUCAUGUUGAAUAUCAUCGCCGGAACAACACACAGAUGGCUCUUUAGAGAUUAUUUCCUAGAUAUUCAUAUGUGCAUGCAACUGUACUGUUUUCUCUCAUCUUCUCUCAGAUCACCAUUUUUGUACACUGUAGCUACAAAGAUAAAUGCAAAGGCAAAUAAUAAAGCAUACAAGUGAAUAAGACACCUGUAUGGCAUUGGCAACUCCUGAUUUGUUUAUCACAUAACAUAUCAGGGAAUACACUGGGAUCGAGCGCCACUUAGUGUCCAAUUUGUGUCACCACGUCCCAGUCAGAGAAGUGGAAGCUGAAAGCAUGUGAUUGUGAAUGAACAAAAUGAAGUAUGUAAAAGAAUGUAUAUAUGAUUUGAAGAUUUACUUCCAAAAAUAUGAAAUAGUCACUUUAUCUGAGUAUGUAUGUAAAGCUUAAAGUAUUAUUACAAAACUUGGUUCUAUUAUAUUAUGUAUACUAUGUUUACUUAUAUAAAAUUAUUUGGGUAUUCACUGUGUAUGCUCAAUAAAUCAUCAAC